GAAACAGAGAAUUAUUAAUCCCGAGUGUUCCAAUGUGCGCGAUUCGUUUUUUGUUUUCGUUUUUCUCUGUGUCUGUUUAUGUCGUUGUUUCAUUCACAUACGUUCGCAUGUGUAUGUUUAUCCGUUUUCUUGGUCCUUUUUCCUCUUGAUUCCAUGCAAUUGAGUCGGUCUCUUUCUACACUGUAACAUUCGUGCCACACAUCGUUGUGUGUAUGUGCUAUUUCGACUGUUCUGACACUCUCAUUCACACAGUUUGACACUUCACUUGUCAUCUGAUGGGUUAGUGUGAAUGUUUGCAGUGAAGUUGUCCGUACCGCCAUUCAACCACUGACACACGAAUCAACCCAUACACACACACACACACACCGCUUCAUAUUGGGCUGCUGCUGCUGAUGCUGUUAUUGUUGUUGCUCUUCUUGUGACAAGCAAACGGUGUGCCAUUUAAUGAAUCCGACAUAAGGGAACUUUUAAGCGCCAAUUCAUUCACGAGCAUUUGUGUAUGUGCGUGUUUAUUAUUAUUUGUUGCUUUGACAAGUAAACGCUGAUUGUGAAAUAGUUUUUAUUUUACGCAAACGAUAAUUAUUCCACAUACAUUCUUUGAAUACGGCACAUUUAUUUUGUUAUUGUAAAUUUUGGGUUGUAAGUCAGAUUCCGGCAUUUUUCAACAGUCACACACAUACUGCAUCACAAGCCACAUUUUGCAUGGUGAUUUGAAUGUUCAACCAAGGAGUGAUCGCAAUGUUUUUUUGUUUUGAAGACAAUAAAUUCCAUCUAAGAUAAACAUGAGCUCCAACGAUACCGAUUCGAGUUCGGCAGUAUUCUCAUUGCGUAUCGUAUCGGUUGACAACUAUAUGAAGGCACCGUUAUUCGGACUUGAUACAUGCUAUUCAGAAUUUCGUGCCGAUGAAGUGAAACAAGUGCCGGUAAUUCGAAUAUUCGGAACAGAUUCAAAGGGGACGAAGACGUGUGCGCAUGUUCAUGGUGUAUUCCCAUAUUUGUAUGUGCCGUUUGCUGGUGGUAAUGCGACCGGCGAAUCAGAUCGUUUGGCCUAUCAAUUGGCAUCGAGUCUGGACAAGGCGAUCAAUAUCUCGCUCGGAAAUUCCAAUUCAUCCGCUCAACAUGUAUUCAAAAUUAUUCUAGUGAAAGCAAUACCUUUCUAUGGAUACCAUCAAACGGAGCAUAAAUUUUUGAAAAUUUUCUUCUAUAAUCCAGCAUUCAUAAAACGUGCAGCGAAUUUACUUCAGAAUGGUGCUAUCCUCGGUAAAGUAUUUCAACCGUAUGAAUCGCAUGUACCAUACAUUUUACAGUUUAUGAUCGAUUACAAUUUGUAUGGCAUGAGUUUUUUACAUAUACCAAACAAAUUGGUUCGUUAUCGUCAACAAACACGCACACCAAACAAUGAGUUCAGCAUAAGUGGCAAUGUUGAAAUGGACGAUGAAUUACUUCGAAAUGUUGAACCGAAUCAAAUUCUAGACCGCAAGAUCGAUCGAAUGUCCACAUCGAGGCAAGAGAUUGAUUUUAGUGCGGCGGUUAUACUGAAUCGCUUUCAAAUCUCAAUGUCGGAAGAAGAAAACGAACAUGCAAAUCCGGGCAUCGCUUUUCUUUGGAGUGACGAACGUGGUCGUAGAAGCAAAAUGGAUGGAACGCCACCACCGUUGAUAACAACACAAGAGGCAAGCCAAGACCGUGAUCUGUUGACACCGCUUGACAGUGAGCUAUUCCAUUUGGCCGCGUUGAAUCGUCGGCUAGAGCAGCUCCGUGCCGACAGUCCAUCGACACAAUCGUCCGACAGUAUUUUGUUCGAUCAAACGUUAAAUCGAAGCAAUGUAAAUCGUAAAUUCAAUUUAAAUCAAUUCUUACAAAAUUCCGUCUAUCCGGCUGAAUGUGAAAAUGUGUCCCAAAGCGGCUUAGUGGAUGCAUCAUUCAUGAUUGAUCACUUGAGAACGAUGAAACCAUCGGAGAAUCGUAGUUCGAGCGAAAUGUCUACUGUUUAUAGUCAACAAUGGGAUAAUGUGCAAUUCGAUCCAAACGAAACGUUUGUCGACGAAGAACUCAUUCUGAAUUUAACACAAAAAACAUCGAAUCAAACGUUGCUCAAUGAAACAUUGAAUGAAAAUGAACACGAAGUGUUGGACAUAUUUGAGACAUUGGAAGAAGAUGAAUCGAAACACGAUGAAACAUUGCGCAUCGAUGACGACAGUGUACUCGCUCCAAUCAGCCAACGGCUGAAAGACAACUCAUCACAACAUUUUAGUCAAUCGAAGCACAAAAAAGAUGAUCACAUUACAUCGUUCGAAGAGGACGAUUCCGAUGAUGAUCUUUUAAACGAAUUCUCUAUGAGCAUUAUCGAUUGUUUGCCCGGUGAGAAUGAUAGAUCUGAACUAAAAAUCCCGCAACUGGAUGGCGCACUUGACAGUCCGAAAAAGCGGAGCGCAUUCAAAAAAGCCGCAGCAGCUGUCAAACAAAGUAUGCGUUCACCGUCGAAAAGUGCCAAAAAGUAUACACCGCUCACCAUUGUGAUAGCAAAAAGUCCGAUGGUAGCAUCGCCGCAUGGUGUGAACCAACAACAACGAAAUAUACUUGUGCCAAAACUGUGUCUUGAGAAGUGUGAUGCGUUAGUGCCAAAGACGUAUACCGUUGGAAAGAUAUUAACGGAGUGUCGCUCAGAGCAGCGUGCAUCAACCGAUCAGAACAAAACACCAGCCAAACAGAAACACGACGACAAAGCAAAUGUACAGUUAGGUGAAAACAAAAACCAACAAGAAGAAGUGAAACAAGAGAAUGACAAUGCGGUAGAAGAAGGGAAGAAGAACGAGCCGGAAAAAGUGCAAGACAAACAAAAAUUGGCGAAGAACACUGAAGUGCCGGAAAAAUAUCGUGACAUUUUGAAGAAAUCGCUUGUCGUAAAUUUGAUUCGAUAUAAUAAUAUCGAAGAAAUAUUUAAUACGCCACCAAAGAAGAAACCCCAUUCGACAUCGAAAAAAGAACCAAAUUCCGAUAUGCGUUUGGUGUUUGCAAAAGCUAGCACUUUCUCAAGAGAACCGGCUGAUACCGAACGAAAGCCCAGUGUUUCGGAUGAUGACGACGAUGAAGUGAUUGAAACAACGCCAGAACGUGAACCCGAGACAGAGCGUCGUUAUCCAAAGAGAACUCGAACGACACGCAUCAGCGCAUUGGCACGAUAUCAAUUGGCAGCCGGGAAUAAGAAGGUGAAGAAACCGCGAAAAAGAGACGAUGACGAGUUGAACAAAAUGGAUUUUUGGUAUUCAUGGUACAAAUGGUCCGAUUGUGAAUUGGCCAAGUGCUAUGACGAAGAGCGAAACUUUUUCCCGCAGCCGGGCCCAUCGAAUUUAAAUUACUAUGAAGAUGACGUAAUCACCGGGUACUAUCGACCACUUGCAUCGAAGAGUACACAUAAAGACAAUGAAGCGGCUGCAACGAGCGGUGACAAAGCGGGUGAAUCAACUGCCAAGAAGCGGCUCAACAGUACGCCACCGCAACGAUAUUCAUCGCAAAAGGUCAAAGUACAGAAAUUGAAUGAUGCCAAAGGCGAUUCACCAGGUUUGUUUAGCGUUUAUUCACCGAUACUCAGCGAGGAUUCCGAAGAAGAAAACGACAUUCAUGUGCAAAGUUUUUACGAACAGUCAAUCGUAGCGAAUAUGGCAACGCCAACACAAGCCAAUGGAAACGCACCCGAUGAUGACACUUUCAAUGUGGGUGAGAUCAAUUCGCAAAGCGAAUCAUUUGCCAAUACAACACUGUCAACGCCCGUCAUCUCGAAAUUUCUGGAAAAUCUCAAGAAUUCAUCCAGUGAGUUGAAGAUUCAACGAGUGCUGCGACCGCGACGGCAAAAGGACACAUGCACCAUAAAACCCACUGUACGUGCUCCACAUCCGAACGAUGCAAAGCGAGUGUUGGAUUCACACGAAUUUCCCAAGGCGAUACAUCCAGUUCCCUUCUAUAGCGAUCCAAAUGAUGUUAUAGCGAACAAUUCGAAGAAAGAAAUCGGUCACACGGUUCUUCAGUUGACGGGCAAUGCGGUGGCCGAUUGUGAUGAGUUCAAGAGUCAAUUGAAUGUGCUCGGCAUUGGUAAAUGGCAACGAUUGAUUGGUAUGCAAGCCAUACGAUGUUCACAACGCAUUUUAGACAGUAGAAUUCUGAACAAUGAAACCACCAUUCGCAAGUUUUUGGCCAAAGAGAAACCAGUUUUGAUAAGACCGGUGUAUGCGCCACCAACAAAGGAAAAUGUUCGCAAUUGGAUUGAUAUGCGAUCGAAAACAAAGCAGAAAAAACGCACAUCCGAUCAAUAUUCAACGAUGAACGGUGUUCAUGAUGACGCUGACAGUCCGGAGAAAAUUCGUCGUGAAAAAGCAAUCGCCGCUUUGUACGAAUGCGAUGAUGAAGCCGCAGCAGCAGCAGCAGUAGCACCAACAACAAAUGGUUUUGAUCAUGACAUCAUGCGUGUACUUCGGUCGAAUAAAGAUCUCACUGUGUUACUGGUUUCAAAACGGACGGGCAAAACAAACAUUCUCAAAUCACAUUCAGACGAUGAGAAUAAAAUCACACGCAGCGACAACAGUGAUGACGAGGACGACAAUGAUGUCGUCUGUCUGGAUGAUCCAAAACCAUCGAAACCAACACAACACACAAAUUCAUUCACUAAAUUGUCUGAUUCUCAUCUUGAGAAGAAACUUGACAAUACGGACUUUCGUGCCCAUUUAAAUUUGGAUGAUACCAUCGCUAGGCUAAGUGCAACGGAUACGAGUUUUGGCAUCAAAGGUGGCCCAAUGGAAAAUUCAUUUGGUUUCCGCUUGAAUUUGGAAAAUUUUCAAUGUGCCAAAUCAAACAUUGAGCACAAUUAUCUGACGAUAUUAUCGCUUGAAAUCCACUGUCAAACGCGAUCGGCUCUGUUGCCUGACCCGAUCCAUGAUGAGAUUGUGUGCAUUUUCUACGAGAUUUACAAUGAUGUGCCACCGCCACCACCAUCAUCGACUGAUGAUUGCUUGAAGCAACGGGCGUCCGGAGUGUUGAUCAACACAAGCAAAUAUCCAGAUUUCACUCACUUUCGAAUAGCGACCCAGACCAGUUUGACACUCGUCACCACUGAAACUGAACUAUUCAUGGAGUUGGUGCGAUUGAUCCGCAAAUGGGAUCCAGAUAUAUUUGCUGGUUAUGAAAUUGAAUUGGCAUCAUGGGGCUAUGUCAUACAACGCAGUCAAGUGAUAAAUGUUGAUCUUGUGCCAUUGAUUUCCCGCAUACCAUCACAACGAGUGGCCAAAUUUAAGCAAGCCGAUGAAGAAAAUGUGCAACACGAAGAGUUUAUGGGAUUCGAGUAUGAUUCCGAGUACAAAUUGCAUGGUCGCAUUUUGCUGGAUGUAUGGCGUUUGUUGCGAGGUGAAAUUGCACUGACGUCAUACUCAUUUGAGAAUAUAAUGUACCACGUGAUGCACCGUCGAUGCCCAUUGUAUUCAUGCGAAAAACUAACACGGCUGUGGAACGAAUCAGUCAAUCGAUGGAUUGUCAUUGAGUACUAUUUGAAUCGAGUCAAAGGAACGUUGGAAAUUUUAAACCAGUUGGAUUUAGUCGGUCGUACGUGCGAAUUGGCCAAAUUAUUUGGCAUACAAUUCUAUGAAGUUCUGUCAAGAGGAUCACAGUUUCGCGUUGAAAGCAUGAUGUUGAGGAUUGCAAAGCCCAAAAAUUUGAUUCCAGUUUCGCCAAGUGUACAGCAACGAGCACAUAUGCGUUCACCUGAAUAUUUGCCAUUGAUUUUGGAGCCACAUUCACGUUUUUAUUCUGAUCCAAUGAUUGUGUUAGACUUUCAAAGUUUAUACCCAAGCAUGAUAAUCGCCUACAACUAUUGCUUUUCGACGUGUCUUGGUCGAGUCGAGCAUCUGGGACAAUCAACACCAUUUGAGUUGGGGGCGUGGCAGUUACGAGUACCUCGUCGUCUAAUCGAAAAGCUCAAGGAAAAGAAAUUGAUCAACAUAUCGCCAUGCGGUGCCGUGUUUGUGAAGCCAUCGGUUCGAGAAGGUGUGCUGCCGCGGAUGCUACGUGAAAUUCUCGAUACGCGUUUAAUGGUGAAACAGUCGAUGAAAUUGCACAAAAGCGAUAAACUCUUGCAACGAAUUCUUCAUUCUCGCCAGCUGGGACUGAAGCUAAUGGCUAAUGUAACAUACGGUUAUACGGCGGCUAAUUUCAGUGGUCGAAUGCCGUGCGUUGAGGUUGGUGACAGUGUGGUUAGCAAGGGACGUGAGACACUUGAACGGGCGAUCAAAACGGUUGAGUCGAACAAAGAAUGGGGAUGUCGAGUUGUAUACGGUGAUACGGAUUCAAUGUUUGUGCUGGUGCCUGGCCGAAGCCGUGAAGAGGCAUUUCGAAUCGGUGCGGAAAUCGCUGACACAGUCACCAAACAAAAUCCAUUUCCGGUGAAAUUAAAACUCGAAAAAGUCUAUCUACCGUCCAUAUUACAAACGAAAAAGCGCUACGUUGGUUAUAUGUAUGAAUCGGCCGAUCAAAGUGCUGCCACAUACGAGGCCAAGGGAAUUGAGACAGUUCGUCGCGAUGGUUGCCCAGCAGUCGCAAAGAUUUUGGAAAAAACCUUGCGCAUCCUCUUCGAAACGUGCGAUGUGAGCACUGUGAAACGAUACAUUUGUAAGCAGUUUACGAAAAUUUUAUCGGGUCGAGCAAAUGUUCAAGAUCUAAUAUUUGCAAAAGAGUUUCGCGGUGUUAAUGGCUACAAACCAGGCGCAUGUGUACCAUCACUCGAACUGACUAGGGCUGCUCUGCAGGUAGAUCGCCGAGCCGAGCCACGUCGUGGUGAACGUGUUCCAUACCUCGUCAUAAAUGGGCCACCAGGUGUGCCGUUGAUUCGUUUGGUGCGCAGUCCACAUGAGUAUCUCACGAAUGAAGCGCUCAAAAUCAAUGCAAUUUACUACAUAACAAAAGUGUUGAUACCACCGUUGAAUCGGUGCCUGUUAUUGAUUGGAGCCGAUGCAAAUCAAUGGUUUUCCGAUUUGCCCCGUAAAUCGCAGUAUAUGCUCUCGCUCGAUGUUGCCGCGAAUGUCUUGAGUAAACCAUGGGAUACGUCAUUGGAUAAAUCAUUGAUCAGAGGUGUUGCCGGUGUGACUGGUGCGGCGGCGGCGAAAAAAAGUACGAUUUCACAGUAUUUUUCCAGCACGAAUUGUGUUUGUGAUUGUGGUGAGCACACACAAAAUGGCAUCUGCUCCAAAUGUCUGGCACCGCGACGCCGACAACAAAGUGUACUCAUUCUAACGGAUAAAUCUAUGCAAUUAGAACGUAAAUUGAACUUGUGCCUCGAGAUGUGCUCCUCAUGUUGCGGUCAAUUAGUCGAUAGCAAGUGCCAGUCAUUAGACUGUUCAGUCUUGUAUAUGCUAAAUAGAUGGAAAAGAGAAUCCAAACAAAUCCAUUUCUACCAGCAAUUGUUAUCCAAACAUUUUUGAAUAUGAACGAGACGUUUCUUUGAAACGGACAUCAAUUCGCAUGCUUUAAAUUUAAUUCCAUCGUUUUGUUUUUUUUUUUUUUUGUUGAUUUGUUAGGUAGUAAGGAUCUUAGCAUUUAAUUUGUUCGUAUUUCGAUGUUAUUUAAAUAAACAACCUCUCUAGAUAAAAACCAAAUGUGAUAAAUAAACCAAGCCCAUUUAUUAUACAAAGAUGUCAUACAGUUAACCAAAAUAAAAUUCCAUUCAAAUCAGCAGAAAA